AUGACGUCACAGUCAGUAGAACACGCUUCUGUUCCAAAACUGAAUUCAGAGACUUCCGUUUUGACUGAACUUCACACUAACGGGCUGUGUAUCGGACGCGUGGAGGUGAAGGUGAUGGAUAUGAUGAGCUCUUUCAGGGGUUUAGUAGGAUUUGCAGCGUGUGCAGCUGGAGCUGUAGUCGUGGCUGCUCUAGGAUAUUAUUAUGUUCAUAAGCGUGGACAUGAGGAGCGGAGGACGGAGGCCUUCGAAGGCACACCUGUCCACGAAGACCCAGUGCAGAUUGUCUCUUCAGGCUUUCUGCAGUCUCCUGAUGGACACAAGGACACGCAGAUGGACAAGGCCAACCCUGAGGGGUGUCUGGAAAAGGCCGAGGAGGAGGAGGAGGAUGAGGAGGAAGAUGAGGUGUCCGUUGUUCAACAGAACAGCGAGGAGCUCCAUGUGCCGAACCUGGUGGAGAAAGUCACGGAGCUGGAGAAACUGCUCUCUGAGCUUCACAGAGAGUCUGAGAUAAAAAGCAAGGAGCUUGAGCAGGAGCGACAGGCUCACAGGGUCCUGAAGGAGAAGUACACUGAGAUGGAGGUGGUAGGGCAGAAUGAGGGGGUACUAAAGUCCUGUCUGGAUGAAGCUGAGGAGAGAGCUGAGAUCGCUGUAGAGUCCAACGCUCAGCUGGAGCGCGAGAACUCCAACCUGAAGAACCAGGUCAAAACACUGCAAGGGUCAGUGGAGAAGUUGGCGGGAGAACUCCAUGAGACCCAGCAGAUGUGUGAACAGAUACUGAAGGGUCAGCAGGCCGAGCUGACGGACCUGGAGUGCGGAAGCAGAGUUCGGGAGGAGCUGCUCUUUAAGGUAGCCAGAGAGUCUGAGAUGAAAAGCGAGGAGCUGGAGCGAGAGCAGAAGUUUUACUGCACCCUCUGGGUCAAUUACAAAAACACCGUGUCCUGUCUGGACGAAGCUGAGGAGAGAGUUAAGAUCGCUGUAGAGGCCAACGCUCAGCUGGAGUACCAGAACUCCGUUCUGUUGGAGCAGAGGAAAACACUGCAAGACUCUGUGGAGAGGCUGAAGGAACAGCUGUGUGAGACUCACGGGAAAGGUGCCAGGUUAUUGAAGAGUACUCUGAAGAACGAGAACGUCUUCCUGAAGGACCGGGUACAAACACUGGUAGAGUCUGGGGAGACGCUGGAAAGACAACUCCAUGAGACCCAAAGGCUCUAUGAAGAGAUGCUCAUCGAGCGGGAGCGAGAGCGGACGGAUCACAGAACCCUUUUGUCCCAGUAUGAACACAUUAAGGGCUCUCUGGCUGAAUUUCAGAAGAAAGCUGAGAAUGCUCAGGACUGCAGAACUCUGGAGAAAGAGAUGUUCUGCAAGUCUCAUUAGAGGACUCUGUGUUACAGAACUGUAAUGUCAGAAGACGUUAAGUCAAAGAAGCUGAAAAAUAUAAGAUCGCCAACACAGAUGCUGCACAUCGUUUAACACAAAGGACAAAAAGAAUGACCUAUGAAACAUUUUGAAAUGUUCCGUUUAUAUUAGGCACGUCACGAUACCAUAAACAUAUCUUACGACUCUGUACCAGCUGAAGUAUCACGAUCCCUCGCAGGGUCGUGUUCGUUCGUCAUUCAAAUCUACAAAACGAACCAGAUUUACAGAGAUACACAGAUAUCAGUGAAAAAUGUUUCACUCUGAAGACUUUAUUAACGAGAAUGAAGAACGGGCUGUCGGACAAGCUCAAGAACAAUCCUACAGUUGGCGAGUCACUAAUUCAACGUGUCGCGUAUUUCGUCUCCUGUUCCCUCGAGCCGUGAAAUCAUGCGAAUGGAAAUUGUCCCCAGAGUACGCAGAACGGACACAUUAGGAAUAAAUAAACUGAAUUCGGAAACAAACCUCCCCAAAAAAAAAAAAAUCAUAAAAUUGGGAACGUUAGCUUGCGUACUGGCAAACACGGCUAAUUUUAUUAUUCACCCCCGGCGGUUAGCGUAACGUUAGCUCGCUUACAAACAAACAGGAAAUGGUUAAAGAUUAAGGUGAAGAACUUUGGUUAAAUGAAAGGUGUCACUAAUCUUUGUGUGUGAAAGCAGUGAGACGUGUCAUUUUAGUGAAAAUAGUAUGAACUGCUGCGCACACAUCAUUACUUACAGUACGACUGCACUGACGAUACGACCGUUUAAAAAUACAGUGGCAUAUUUUGAAGCUUUAGUAUCGCGAUACUACCGUAGUGGCGGUACUGUUCAACCCUAGGUUAUAUAUUGUUCUAGUAAGGACUUUUGCAGCUGCCUCAUAGUACAUGUGGUUUUACACGUGUAACUCCUAUAAGCAAUGUUAUUGUAUUUAAUUUUUUUUUUCUUUUUUAAACGAAAAAACUCCUUGAUUAUUUUCCAAAUAAAGUUGUCUUUGAUAAGAAGGAUCGAGUAUAAUAUAGUGCGAAGGAUAAAAAUGUCAUUUUUCUAAUUGUUUACAGACAGUUUUUUUUUUUAGCAAUAAAAACAGCAUUUUGCUGUAGUUGCUCAGACUAACCCUGGGUUUUAUGUGUCACAAAAGUUUAUAUGUGUAAUAAAAAUGUACAUCAUUAAUAGAAUAUAUGGUAUAAAAAAAUAAACAAAUACUGAAUCC